CAACAAGUAACAAAGCGCAAACAGCUGUGGCGGCUAGGUAGGUAGCCAAGACGCAAGCGCAAAGAAAGGCCGGAAGCUGCAGGAAAGAGUCACGGUCAGGACAAAAAGAAAGAAGGUCCAUUGAAAAUGGCAGACCUCGACGAUUUUCCCCCCAGCAACAUCUCCACAAAUUAUCAUCAACAGGCCGCCACAAAGCAAGCUUCAUCCAACGACCCAAGCAUGCCCGAUCAAGGCAAGAAAGAGGAAGACAAUGCCUUUUCGAGAGGGUUCAAAAGGUUCUCUGGCGUUUUCAAGAAAAAGUCAAACUCCGACCUCCGAGGCCAGGGUCAGGUCCCCCAACCCAUCAGCACCGCCCACGAUGCCCUCGCCUCGAACAACCCCUUCGCCAACUCCGAGGCAGCCCCGCCCUCCUACAAUGAGGCCAUGUCAGGCAAGCCCGGAGCAUCCAGUUCCAUCCCCUUCAUCCCGGUGAAAGGCAACCAACUAGACGCCUCGAAUUCUCAAGACCCCGACGCCUCAACCUCCUUUCAACGGCGUGUGACCCUAGACGGGAAAGUUGUCACCGACGAAGACGACCCCUACGCCUUCCUCUCCAUCUUCGACACCGUCUUCCUCAUCGAUGACAGCGGCUCCAUGAUUGGCCAGCGGUGGUCCGAAGCUAGGGACGCCAUCGCCGCCAUCGCCCCCGUCUGCGUCGCCCACGACAAGGACGGUAUCGACAUCCACUUCCUGAACCACAGCCGGAGCUACACGAACAUCACCUCGGCCGCCAAAGUCAACCAAAUUUUCAACAGCGUUCGCCCGUCCGGACGCACGUUAACGGGACAGCGCAUCUGGGAUAUUCUGGGCCCGUAUCUAAAGACGUACACGCGGGGUUACGGGAAUUCGAGUUGGGACCCGGAGAAGACGGGCGUGAAGCCGGUGAACCUGAUUGUGAUCACGGACGGGGAUCCGCAGGAUGAUCCGGAGUCGAGGAUCAAACAAGUUAUCAAGGAGUUGGAGAGAGUAAAUGCCCCUCCUUAUCAAGUUGGUAUUCAGUUCUUCCAGGUGGGAGAUGACCCGAAGGCUAGGGCGGCGUUGGCGGAGCUGGAUGACGAGCUGGGUGGUGAGAAAUCGAGGGAUAUGGUCGAUACGGUAACGUGGGACGACGGAGAUACGACAGCGAGGCAGUUGGAGGGAGAAAAAUUGCUCAAGGUUGUGUUGGGGAGUGUGGUCAAGAGGCUGGAUCGUCGGAAGUCGGAUGGUAAGGAUAAAACGGCGAAGAAGAAGUAGGCGAAGCUAUUUCUUUACUUCGUUUUCUUCCUGGCUUCUUCUGGUUGGUGUGGCUCUUUCAUUUCUGGAGAGUUUACAGGUUGCUACCUUGAUGGUUCGGACCAAGGGAGGAACAUCACCGAUGAAUCAACCGCGUCCAUGGUAGGGCCUGUACUUUGUGAGCAUUGGGGGGCAUUGGUGCAUUCAGAUGGCUUACCGCAUGAUUGUGGGAAAGGGUCAAACAAUCUGUCCAAGGAUUCUUCUUACCACGUAUUAGUUGUCCAGAAAGUCUUCAUUUCUAACAGCAAAGAAUCAACAUCAUCAGCGUUCAUACACCGAU